AUGACUUCCGGUGACAUUCAAAAGGAACUUGCAGAGUGUUGUGCACAUGAAGUUAUGAAUGUCAUUAUGGAAGAGCUUGGUGAUAAACAAUUCUCUGUGCUUAUUGAUGAGUCACGAGAUAUAUCCGUCAAAGAGCAAAUGGCGGUGAUGUUGAGGUUUGUGAACAACAAAGGGGAUGUUGUGGAACGAUUUAUUGCUCUACAUCAUGUCAAAGAUACUACUUCUGAGGCACUAAAGAAUGCUCUUUAUUGUAUUCUUGAUCGUUACAAGUUAUCUAUUUCAAGGAUACGAGGGCAAGGAUAUGAUGGAGCUUCAGAUAUAAGAGGUGAAUUUAAUGGUUUGCAAAGAAAGAUUCUAGAUGAAAAUCCUUAUGCUUUCUAUGUCCAUUGUUAUGCUCACUGCUUGCAAUUGGUGAUUGUGUCUAUUGCUAGUAGUUGCUCAUCUAUUAAUGAUUUAUUUGAGUACAUCUCCUUGAUUAUAACAACAUCGAGUGCAUCUUGCAAGAGAAGGGAUGCUUUGAUGGAGACAUAA